UGCCGAAGUGCAAAUAUCGCGAGAAUAGGCUACUUCCCACGAAUCUUUGCAAUCCUACCUUAGCUACAGGUCCGAAACUCUUGUUUCCCGUGCAGAUUUUAAAAAGCUGGCCUUUAGCAUGAUUUAGCCCGAUUUAGUGCAAAGGGACCGAGGAUGGAUGAUACUCAGCGCCUGCAGUGGGAUGAUGAAGAACAAAAUGUUUCUCUUGACAGAGAUCAACCAAUAGGAAAACUGCAUAUGUUCAAUGGAAUCCACGGACCAGCACAAGAUUUUCCCAUUUACCCUGGAACGAAUAUUAUAGGUCGUCAUGCAAACUGUGAUGUGACCCUUCCAGCUCAGUCUGUGUCUAAGAAACAUGCUAUUAUAGAGGUUCAGUCUGGCUGCCAUACCCUCUGUGAUCAAGGAAGUCUAAACAAAACACGCCGUGGUAAGGCAGCCCUUGCUCCUAACGUGCGGUAUGCUCUAUCUGACGGAGAUUUGUUGUUAUUUGCUGAUGUAGCAUGUAGCUACUCCUUCACUGAAUGUAAUACAAAAACAACUGAGGAGGAGGCAGCAAAUGAGGAAAGUGAAGAUGACAUGUUGGUUCCUGGAACACAGGCUACUUUGUCAAUUGAAGAAACUCCUGGGUUAGCAAUACGAAGAAUGGGGAAAGUGUCAGUGCUGGCAAUGGAUUCUGGUGAUGAGGAAGAAGAGGAAUUAAAAGAAAAAGAUUUGCAUUAUGAAGCUAAAGGUUUUAAAACAUCCAGGGAGAAAUGCAAGUUGCCUGCUAGUGUGCCAUUUUCCCACAACAUGGAUACAAUUGUUCCUGAAAGUGAUGAGGAGAAUGACACAUCUGCCUCUGAACCACGUUUCCCUUCACUCAACCUCCGUUGUGAUGGUGACACAGACACUCAUGAAACUCCCGUGAAGGCAGGCACAAGCUACAUUCCCUCCAAGGAUUGUGUGUUUUCUCCACCUAUGAGAGGUCAAAAUAUGAGUGACAACAGUGUAUCAAAUAAGGAUGAAAUCACAAAAUAUACUUUAAUUGGCCACCAAGAGUCGUUUGCAGAUGAGCAAGCAAACACUGAACACAAAACCUUGGUGAAGUGUGACCAGGAUACAUCUAUUGAAAAUGAUAGAGAGACAAAGGAAGAGGAAGAUGCUUCUACAGUAAACACUAGUAACAUUGCUGGGCAAAGUGGAACAGGAGUAAAAGAUAGCCCAUUAAUUUCUAAUCCCAAAGUGGAGAGUCAAGAUAUAGAUAGUGUCAAAGUAGAAAACCAAAGCAGAGAAUUUGACUAUAAUAAAACCCUGCAAGCUGGCAUCAAACAGCAAGAGAGUACUGAUAUUAGCUCAGAUAAUGAUACCAAUAUGGAGAAAAACCAAACGUCCAAAGCAAAGUUAGUAAACACAGGAUCUGAAGGUAUUAUUCUGGAAAGCGAUACUGAUGGGGAAGAAGAAGAUUGCACAAAUUCUAAGGAAGCAGAUGACCAGAAAAGAGAAGGGGCUGCUUUUCAUUUGGACAGUGACACAGAUAUAGAGGAGGGUGAUAAUGUAAGCUCUGGAAUGAAUGUGCACAAAGUGGAGAAUUCUGGGAAUAAAACAGACAGUGAUACAGAUGUUGAAGAAACUAAACCUAAAAGUAAGGAAACUGCUGUACAAAAAAAAGUAGAGGAAGGGUUUCAUUUGGACAGUGAUACAGAUGUUGAGGAUGAUGAUUCAAACUUUUUAAAUAUAGAGUUGAAAAAUACUGAAAAGGCAAAAAUGAUCCAAGAUAGUGAUACUGAUGUGGAGGAUAUAACUACUUCAAAGGUUGAGGUGGACAGGAAAACAGCCAGUAAUGCAGAUACAAAGGGAGAUAACCGUAGUACAUCUCCAAAUGCAGAAGUUAAAAUGCAAGAAAAAGAUCUAUCCAUCUUGGACAGUGAUACAGAUGUUGAAGAUGUUGGUGAUGGAUGUUCCUUAAGUGUUGUGAAAAAACAGAAUAAAGCAGAAACAUCUCAUACUAACUUAACUGAAACAACUGCUGUGGAGGAAAGUUGCACAAGUGCCGAUAUAGAGAAGGUUGUGAAGCCUGCAGAUAGGCAUGAAAGCCACACAGAUGGGGUCAUUCAAGAACAAAAGGCUACACCUGAAUUUCAACUAGACAGUGAUACAGAUAUUGAGGAUGAGGAUAAUUCACUGGAUGUGUCAAGUACUAGUGCUAAGGUAAAAAUCACAGAGGUUCACUCAGAUAACCUUGAAAAACAAAGACCCUCACCUGAAGAAAUACAGGAGAAGAGGGUUGUCGAAAUUGAUCUGGACAUUAGUACAGAUAUGGACGAAGCUGAUGAAACUGAUGUAAGCAGGAAGGAAGAAGUGGAUGAAGCAGAUGAAACAGAGGUUGAUAGGAAGGAAGCAUUUCACAUGGACAGUGACACAGAUCUGGAAGAUAAUGACAGUGGGCCUUCUGUGGUGCAUGGUGCAGAAAAGCAAUCUACAGCCACAGAGCAUUCUGAUAGUACUUCAGACACAGGGGCUAGUGUCAAAAAUGUAACCUCUACAAUCGUAGAAAAGACAGAAAAAGGGGAGACUGAUGGAAUAGACUGUGAAGGUGCAGAAUAUGAUAUGAUGGCUACUCAGUGUUAUCUAGAACCCGAGGAAAAAGAGUCUGAUAUACAAGAUGAAGAUAACUGUGCUGAGGAAGCUACGCAAGCAUUCAUCUUAAGUUCCACAUGGGCUGAGCUAGAUCCGUUUAAACGUCCAGCAAAUCCUAUUGGAGUUUUACAAAUCUCGGCAGUUACUGUUAGCUCAUCAGAAGAAGAAAUGGAUGAAAAUGUCAUAGCUGAGACUCAGCCGUUCUGCUGUGAGAUAAGGCAGCCAGAAGAGCACAGUGUCCAAGAGUUGGCCAAACAAGGUUCUAGUGCCGAGGAAAAGAACAAUGCAGCUUGCUCUAUGCCUCAAGAAGAAAUAUCUCAGGAUGAUACUCAGCCAGUGUCUCAAUUCUUGAACACAACACCUUCAAGUAAUGUAGGAAACUGGGUGGCAACAGCUACAACAAAUUCCCACCAAGAAAAACAUCUUGAUAGAUGCAAUGUAGAACAGAUUAAACAGGUUGAUGAACAUGUCCCAGACAUGGAAGGACAGGCUGAUAAAUGUGCCUCAAUCAUGGAAGAGGAUGCCACCCAGCCAUAUAUAUUAGAUCUACCAACAGUUGGUGACACAAUCACACAGCCUUGUAACUUGAGUGAGGCUGUCUCAGAGGAUUGUGUGAUUCAGCCUUUGAAUACGGUUGUUCCAGCUGUAGUUAAUACUGAUUCUCUGCCCUCCAACCCAAGCGUGCAAUUAUCAGAUGGAGAAGCCAUGGAGCCUCACAGUCUAAAUGAGGCUGUUGCCACCCAAUCUCAUGUAUUAAAUAUGCCCCUUACAGAAGAUAAUACAGUGAGCAUCUCAGAAGGAGAGAAAGCAUCUGUAAGGCAAGGUACUUGCAGCGGUGAGAUUAGCAUCAUAUGUGAGCAGUUAGAUGCUUCUAACAAGGAUAUAAGCAAUCGCCCAGGAGAAGUGCUUCCUCGUUCCCCAGCAGAGAAAGCAACAGAGCAUGUUGCAAAGGAGCAACAACAGUCAAAUGGAGCCACCAGAAUAACAGAAGAAGGCAGAGAAGCUAGUAAAGGAAGAAGACCAUUCAGGAGAUCAAGAGGAGGAGAAAAGGACAAGGAUUCAGCAGAAGUUAUCAUUUCCACUACUAGGGGUAAACGGGGAACCUGGAAAAAGACUGAGGCUGCAGCUCCAGCAUCAGAGGACACAAAAAGCAAAAAAAUACCUAAAUUGCAGAAAAUGGAAAAAGAAUUGCCUGAAGCAAAAAUUGAAGAUGAAUGUAAAGAAGACCAUAGCAGUGAACUAAAGACUAGCUCCAUCCUUGUAGAUUCAAAAACAGGUAGAAAGGGAAAACAAGAUACCAAAGAGUGUUUAGAUGACACGGUAGAAGACCAUGUGAAAGGGCAUCAGGUAGAAGAGGAUGUGAAAAGUUUUACUUCAAGAAGAUCAGUUAGAAAACGAAAGGAUGAAAAAGAUCAGGAGGCUGAGUCAAGCAAAUCACUGCAAGUAUCUUUUAGCAAAAAGAGGUCAACCAGGCAGUCCAAUUUGGAUCUUGGUGAGUCUGUGGGGGAAAAGGCAAUAGCUGUAUCCUCUGAUGAACAUGGAAAGCAUCAGAUGGAUGAUGAAGUAUUUAGGGCUAAUAAAACAACUAGAAAUCUAAAAAGCAAGGGUGCAAAAAGGAAUGUGAAGGAUGAGGAGGACAAUAUGGAGAAGGGUGAAAUUUCUGAAAAGAGACCCACAGGGAAGAACAGAGAGAAUGUUACAGAAAAAAACAACGAGAAAGCAGAUCUUAAAAGGAGGGUUACAAGGAGAAAUUCAAGUCAGCUGGAGACAGUAGAAACCAUACCAGACAAUAUAGAGACUGUAGAUUCCGAAAGACAAGACCAGUCUAGAAAAUCUCCAAAUAUAAAGAAAGAAUUAAAAGGGGAUGACUUAAAAGUGGCAGAAAAAUGUGGGGGCACCACAAAAGAGGACACUGAGAAAUGUAUAUCCAGAAGGACAAAGAAGGGAUGUAAAGAAGAAAUGAAUGAACAGUCAAAAGAACAAACAGACGGUAAACAGAGGGUUACAAGAAGGAAUUCCAGGCUGUCAGAGACUGUAGAAAGCAAACCAGAAGAUACAGAUAUUGUAGAUUCUGAAAGACAAGCCCAACCCAGAAAAUCUCGUAAUAUAAAGAAGAGUUUAAAAAGAGAUGAGGAUGAAACACUUGAGGACACCAACCAAGAGAACACUGAGAAAUUUACAUCAAGGCGGACAAAAAGGCAAUGCAAAGAGAGACUGAAUAUGGAAGGCCAUGAAAAGUCAAAAGGAGAACCAUCCAUUGAACAUUGUCUUCCCAUAAAUAAUUCAAAAGAAGCGGAAUCUGAACAAGAAAAUGCAAAGGCUGAAGAACAAGAUCAAUCUAAAAAAUCUAGGAAGACAAAGAAGGAUUUGAAAAAACCUGUUGUAAAUGAGGAAGAACACCUUCUAGAAACGAUCAGCAAAGAUCCUGAAGUACGGACAUCAAGGAGAACAAAGAAGGGAUGCAGAGAGGAAGAUCCGAUAGACGGUAGCAUUCCAGUUAUCGGUAAAUCUAAGCAAGAUGAGUCAACCAGAAAAAAUGUAUCCAGAAGUACAAGGAAGAAUUCGAAAGAGGAACCUAAAGAGGUAGAUACUGAGGAGAAUGUAGUUGUAUCAAAGAAAGAAAAUCUAGAUGCAAUACAGACUACUCGAAGGGCACGCAAUUCAAAAGUUGAUGACAUGCACAGUGUAGAUAAAACACUAUGUGCAUCUGAACCCAAGUCUGGCAAUCCAGAUGGAAAAACAAGGAAAAAAAAUCAAAAAGAAGCAUCCGGAACUCAAAAAAACACAGAGGUAGAAAAAGAAAUGUCAGGUGGUAGUGUGGCAAUAGAAAAAGAGCAGUUAUCCCCACAUGAAGACAUUUCACCAACAGGUGUUAGAAAAAGCAGGCGGACAUCAACCAAGGAAGAAUUAUCCAAGUCUAGCACUCUGGCUCCAGUAAGGAAGAGAGUCCAAGAGCCAAAAACCGGAGCAGAUGAGGUCAAGAGAAAAAAAGUGAAUGAAGAGCUUGAACAGGAACAAACAGUGGGUAGAAGGGAUCAAGCAAGACAACCAAAUCUGGAGGAUGAAAAUACUGAAAGCAACAGUAUUGAAAAGGACUCAACGAUUCCUCUUCCAUCUCCCUUGGGGAACUCCCGGUUAAGGCCAAGCACAGCCUUUGAAAGUCCCCCAGAGGCCCGGACACCGAGACGUGCUGUUCGCAAUUUGACCACAAGCCCCUACACAUCCCAACGGAGCAUCACAGCCAAGGUUCUGUUUACAGGCGUGGUGGACCCUGCAGGUGAGGAGACCAUUCGUAAUCUGGGAGGGGAAGUUGCAGAAUCCAUAUUUGACUGCACUCAUCUUGUAACCGACCGUAUCAGACGCACGGUCAAAUUUCUCUGUGCUCUUGCCAGGGGCAUUCCUAUUGUGACUCUGGACUGGCUUGACAAGUGCAAGAAGAGCAAAUGUUUUCUGUCUCCUGCUCAAUUCUUGGUGAAAGAUAAAGAACAGGAGAAAAACUUCAACUUUGUAUUGUCAGAAUCAUUGCAAAAAGCCAAGAAGAAACCGCUGUUUCAGGGCUAUGAAAUUCAUGUCACCCCUAAUGUGAAACCUGAGCCUGAACACAUGAAAGAUAUUAUCCAGUGCAGUGGAGCAACUUUCCUUGCUAAAAUGCCCAAAGUAUACAAGGAGAAAUACAUCAUUGUAUCAUGCAAGGAAGAUUCCAGUCGCUACAAAUCUGUCCCCUCCAGGAUCCCUGUUACUUCUGCAGAAUUUAUUUUAACUGGGAUCCUGCGUCAGGAAAUCAAUCCACAAUCUUAUCUGCUGAGCGCUGAAGAAGCUUUGCCUACCCCUGCCAAACGGAGGCGCUGAUAUUCACUUGUUUCUUUGCUCAUUGUAAUAUAUAUUCAGUUCAGAAUAUGUCUGGCACGCAGCUUACUGAUUUGUAUAUACUAUGCUUUUUAUUCCCAGUGCAGCUUUUAGGAUUUUGCUCUGGCUCAUUUACUGUAAACCUGUACAUAGGUGCAUACCUUU